CACGCUGAUCAGAGGGAAAUGCAAGUGCCGGUUCUCGGCUGCACUUUCCACACGCUGUCAGAUCAGCGGGGAUCGGCACCGAUAAUCAGGGCACUGAUGAUCAGUGCCCUGAUGAUCGGUGCCCAGCAGUGCCACCCGCAAGUUCCGCCCACCUGUGCCCAGCAGUGCGCCCACUAGCUCCGCCCACCUGUGCCCAGCAGAUCACCUACCUGUGCCCAGCAGUGCACCUACCUGUGCCACUCUGCAGUGUCACACACCUGUGCCCA